GACUGUAUAACGGUUUUCUGUUACACGUUAUCGUAUAACUAACGAAUAUGGAGGAAUUACGGAAUCAGCGUCUCUUGGAAAAUCUUGAUUUACUAAAAAGUCUUGCAAAUGUAUGUGACGAUGACAUGGAGAAGAUCAAAAGAAUGUAUGGGAUCAAAAUGUCAAAAUCCAAUGUUCCGAGAUGUCAGAGAAUCCGCGCAACAUCAUCAAAAUGUAUCCAGACUAAGAAUGUGCCUAAAACGUUACCAUGCCGUCAUUCGAAAAAAAGGCAAAAAGUAAAGGUCUCAUUAUCUUCAAACAGCGACAGUGAUUGGAUGAGCAGUGGGGAUGAGUGGAUUCCGGAUUUGCCCAAACCAUUUGUUACAAGCACGCCAACUCAUAAAUCAUCUCAUGAAAAAAUGACGAAAAAAGCAUCAGAAUGUAGUAGCAAAAUUGCCACACUGAUGGAAGUUUCGAAUUCCGAAGAAGGGAGACGAUAUCCCAAACGGGAGAAAGAAAGGCGAAACUACAAAUUUGAUGUGGUGAUUCCUGAAGAUGAUAGGUACCUGUACUGUUACACUUGUAAACGUUCUGUCAUUGAUGGAUGUUUCGAUCAUCCUAUUAUUUGGAUCGACAAUACACCAUCAGAUGUUUGCGAAGAAGUCAAAGACAAGUACAUUUACUGCCAAACAUCCAAAUGCGUUUGUGGAGAGCCGUUUUAUAAACAUGCAGCUAAAACCGCUCCAAAAGGACUGAUCACAAUUAGCAAGUCUAGAAUUCACGGAGCAGGGUUGGGUGCAUAUGCAAAUGCUAACAUACAGUGCGGAACUAUUUUUGGACAUUACGAAGGACAGAUAGUGUAUUUACAUGAAAUGGAUAAUGAGGAACGGGUCAGGAGGUCGCGUGGUGGAUAUGCAUGGCUCGUAAGAGCUAAUAAUAAUGGCGUCAGUGCUCAUCUGGUGGAUGCUCGAAAUCCUCUGAAUUCAAAUUGGUUAAGAUUUGUUAAUUGUGCCCGAUUCGAAGAAGAGCAAAAUCUUGUUACAGUGCAGUAUAGAGGAAAAAUCUACUAUAGAGCAUGCAAAGUAUGCGGUUAUUCUUGUUCGCUAUCUCUUGUCUAGGACAUUUCAAGAUUCGAAGAACUUCUUACGUAUUAUGGAGAGGAGGUAUGUUUUUACUUUAUAGACUGAUUUGUAGAAACUCUUCCAAAUAAGACAACAGAGUGGGAUACCUA